CAAAGUCAACGAAGUCGAAGUGUCAAAAACUUGUUAUUUGUCAAAUGUGAGCUCGGCGCGUGGUGUGUGCGCGUGUUGUGGUAUCGGAUAUCGGUUUAUUUGCGUGGUUGUGUCGGAUUGUUCACACUCGAGUAGAGUGUUGUGAUGAGCUCGUGACCGUCUGCUGCAGCAACCCGGCGACAUGAAGCCCGACGGCUACACGAACGGCGACGACGACGAGUCGCAGGAGGGCGCGAUGUGGCCGGCGGCGGUGCUGGAGGGCGGCUGGGCGGCGCGCGUGCUGGCCGCGCUGCACGCGCUGCGCCUGGCGGGGCUGGGCUGCGACGCCACGCUGGCGGCGGCGUGCGGGCUGCAGCUGCCGGCGCACCGCGCGCUGCUGGCGGCCGCGGCGCCGCGCCUGCUGCAGGACCAGCCCGGGCCGCUCAUCCGCAUCGACGCGCCCGCCGCCGCCGUGCGCGAGCUGCUGGACUUCAUCUACACGGGCCGGCUGCGCGCGGCGUCGGGCGCGGCGGCGCGCGGGCUGUACGUGGCGGCGGCGCGCAUGCGCGUGGAGGCGGCGCGCUCGGCGCUGGCGGCGCGGCUGCUGCGCGCGCUCACGCCGGCCGACUGCCUGGCCGUGCGCGCGCUGCCCGGCCUGGGUGGCGGCCAGCGCGCGCUCGUCGACGCCUACAUCGCUGAACACUUCGACGAGGUGCUGUCGGCGGGCGGGCUGGGCGGUGUGCGCGCGCUGCGGGUGGAGCUGCUGCGGGAGAGCUCGGCGCACGACGGCGAGGAGUCGCCCAGCAUGCUGGCCGCCGCCGCGCUCGCCUGGACCCGCGCCGCCCUGCAGGACUCCCACCACGACCUGGAGGGGCUGUGCGCGCGCGGGCACAUGCUGUACGUGGACGCGGGGGGCGCGCUGCGGGACUGCGGGGAGCUGGGGGGGGGCGCGGGGGAGGGCGCCGCGCUGCGCGAGUACCGCCAGGCCGCCGCCCGCCGCGCGCCCCCCGCGCCCCCCGCGCCCGCAGCGCCGCCCGCCGGCGACGACUGGGCCGUGCUGGCCGCGCGCCGCGCCCCGCCCCGCGCCACGCGCGCGCUGCUGGCGCUGGGCGGCGAGGUGGUGGCCGUGCACAUCACGUGGCGCGCGGAGGGCGGCGGCGGCGUGGCGCGGGGCGCCCCCCUGCCGCCCGCGGGCGCCGGCGCCGGGCCGGGCGAGGCGCGCGCCGCCCUGGCCCGGCCGCGCUGCGCGCUGGGCGGCGCCACGCUAGGCGGCAAGCUGCUGGUGCUGGGCGGCUACGACCGCGCGCAGGCGCUGCGCAGCGUGGAGGUGUACGACCCGGCCAGCAACACGUGGGCGGCGGGCCCGGAGCUGAGCGUGGCGCGCGCGCGCUGCCCGGCGGCGCGGCUGAGCGGCGCGGUGUACGCGCUGGGCGGCAGCGACGGGCUGGCGGAGCUGGACUCGGUGGACGUGCUGGCGGAGGGCGGGCGGCGCUGGGAGGCGGCGCCGCGCAUGCCCGGGGCGCGGUCGCACGCGGCGGCGGCGGCGCACGAGGCGGGCGGCGCGCUGUACUGCGUGGGCGGCUGGGCGGCGGGCGUGCCGCUGCGCGCCGUGUGCCGGCUGCGCGGCGGCCGCUGGGAGCCUGCGCCGGCGCUGCGCACGGGCCGCUCGCAGCUGGCGGCGGCGGCGUGGCGCGGCGCGCUGUGGGCGCUGGGCGGCUGCGACGCCUGGCACUGCCUCGCCAGCACCGAGCUGCUGCCGCUCGACCGAGACGACGCCGAGUGGAUCGAGGGGCCGGCGCUGCCGACGGCGCGGCGCUCGGUGGGCGGCGCGGUGUGCUGGGGCGCGCUGGUGUCGGCGGGCGGCUCGGACGGCGCGUGCUCGCUGCGGCGCACGGACUGGCUGCCCCCGCCCCCCGCCGCCGCCGCCGCCUGGCUGCCCGGCCCGCCGCUGCGCGAGCCGCGCGCCGCGCCCGCGUUGCUAGCGCUCGACGAGGUGCUGUACGCGGUGGGCGGGUUCAGCGGGCAGCACUUCCUGAGCUCCGUGGAGUGUCUGUACGAGCUGGCGGGCGAGUGGACCGCGCUGCGCGACGCGCGCCCGCCACGCCACCUGCCCGCCCAGCCCGUCGGAAACAAGCUGCAAGAGUUAACUCUCGGGGAGGAGAAGACAGAAACAAACGGUCGGAAAGAGAUAGAGACAGAGACAAACGGGGAAGCCGAGGGAGACGGCGGCGCCGCGCCCGCGCAAGUAUAGUCCCUCACAUACGGGUCACCUGUGCUUCUACAGAUUUUAAUUAUAAUUUUUGAUAGUAUUCUACAGAAAUUACCUACCGAUUUCCAAAUAAUGUUAUCAUUAUAAUGCAGGGUUUAUGCUAUACUAUUGCACAGGUUGUCAAACCAUCUGUUUUAUUGUAGUUUUCAUUGACCAAUCUACUUUAUGUAUCUGCUUUUAGUUAUUGCUGCUAAGCUAAUCUGCCAGUGGAUUGGUUGAUGAAGUUCUUUUUAAACCCGACGUGAAAAGAGGGGUGUUAUAUCUACUAAUGUCCACCGACUAGCACGGGACGUGUUGUCCCGGUCCAGACAUGCCCGGAUCAUUGAAUAAAAUGUAUAUUUUUGUAUGAGAGUAUUCCACAGCGCGUUAUCGCAAAUAUUAUAUAAAUCUAUAUAUUGUUCUCCGCGAUAUCGGCCGAUAACGUGAGAUAAUUAUGCAAAGCAAUCUCUUCAGCACACAACAUAGUGACAUCGCUUUACGACGCAAUAAUUUAUAAUACAUAAUUUAGUCGAAGUUUACUUUAGUUGAACCAACAAUGUUCGUCCACUUUAUGAAUCUAAUAGAGUAAUAAUGUUCCAUUAGUCGCGGCGCAAAUUGAGGCUCGGUACAGUCGAGGACGCCUCGCACUGCAGGCACCGAGCAACCUUAUCUUCUAUGUUUUAAUGCUCAAAAUAUGUCAGAAUAGGAGAUCCAUUCGGUAAGCGUGUAGCGACAGCAGUUGGCAACUCAUGUGACUAAAUCGGUCGACGACCUCUGCGGCUCUGUCACUAUAUUAUAUACAAAACUUUCGAUUUAUCAUACCUGAUAGGAAAGAAUAUUGCUGAUUAUAGAAUUUAAAUAAAUUUAAAUUUCCUACAAGUCGUCAUGCAUCCUUCUGCUGCGGUCUGCGGUAGAUACUUACCUACUUACUAAGACUAAGUAGGUUUUUUCCAAAACCUGAAAGUCACUAAAAUUUUAAUUCCUUUCGUCCUUCCUCAUAAGUAUCUUAAAAUCGGCCGAUAUCUUGGUAGAUACAGUAAUGACCGCAGUCACCCUGUGUCUCAUGUCCGUGGCACCCAGCACCGUGUCCCUCUCCCUGGCACACGGGAUGUGUCUCAUUGCCCUGGCACAGGCUCGCGGCGGUGAUCGAAGAGCAAUAAUGAAUCAAUGAGCUACCUCAGCGACCGCGGCCGCCGAUGACCACCACGUUAUAUACAUAGAUGAGUUAUUUACCUAUAUGUAGGUACAUUGUUAGCGGAUUUAGCGCGUAAUUAUUUUCGCUGGUGUUAGUUUGGUGUCCAAGUAUUUAGGAUAAUUCGCUGUCAGUAUAUAAGGUUUCUCUGUAACCACCUAUAUUAUACAACUAAUAUAAACUUAAUUAUAUCAGGAGUUCAAUGGUCGAGUGAAUAGCAUGCUAUAAAAUAAAUUACCUAGGAAUGAAUGAAAAUAUCAUAUAGAGCUACAUAAUACUACACAACUUUAGUUUCCUUUAUUUUAUCAAAAAAUAAAUAAGUAGGUAGGCAUUAUUAUGUGGUUAUUCUUCGUAAUUCCCUCUCUAAAGUAAUCGUUCAUAUUAUUUACUUAUGUAACGAUUGGAUGAUAAUAAUGCUUGUUAGUAAGUAUACAUAGAUAUAAUAUAUGAUAUAUUAGGUAAUACUACAGGUGGGUCGGCGAGCCGCGUCGCUCUAGAUGUCGUGUCGUAGUGCAGAGUACUGGCAGUGAGUUCCCCCGCGCUGUGGUGUGGUGUAGCACAGUGUAGUUACUGGUGUAGUGAGCUCACUGCCUGGCCUCUGUCUGUGUUGUCUGAUGCAUACCAUUUCCAUUUACUCCGUUACUUUCGUUUUAUUCCUGCAUUUGUCGAGUGCAUUUUUAUUUCAAGAUCUGGCAUUUUGUAUUUAGGUAUCUCUGGUAUAUUUGUAUUUUAUCACAACUUUGUACACAUUUUACCUAAAUUAUACAUUCUUAUUGUCCUAAGAAGCAUUGGAAUUUUAUACUAUACUUAUGUAUAUUUUAGUGCGUAUCGUCAUUUUUUAAAUAAAAUAUAUGAUGUAGAACCUUUACACGUAUCAACAUUGUAAUACUGAUUAUACCUAUCUGUAUAUUGCUACUGUACAUUUUGUUUAAUGUAUUUAUAUUAUACACGAAGUUUGUAAGGUAACUAUUUAAAUGUUUAUAGAUUGGUAUUUUUUCACGUCACAAAAUUUAAAUUUUAAUCUUUGUAUGUAUUUUAUGGUAACCCACCUAUUUACCCAGCUCACAACCAAACAAGAUUCUUAAAUGUAUUUGAUGUCAGCAUUUGUUUUAAAAUCGGAAUAUAAGGCUAUGUCUAUUAGACCUGAUGGAAUAUUUUCUAUCAUACUUCUUGGAUCAUUCGUCUCUGCAGUAACAUUGUACAUCCACACUGUGUCCGUCUCUAAUGAAUCUUGUUUAGUUGAGGGCCGCGGUCACGGCCACGCAAACAGACUUAUGCCUCUGCCCCCUAUCAUCGCCUGUAUUGCUCUUUGCAUAAGACGUAGAUUCGCGUGACAGGUCCGUCUGUAAGGCUUCUCGUGCAGAUUAUGGCGACCGGCGGAGACAUGCCACACAAGACUGUGUUUAUCUUACACCGAGAUAUCCACGUGCUAUAUGGCGACGUCAUGUAAACAAUUAAUCGUAUACCAUUUUGUUAUUUCUUGUCAUUGUUACUAUUCACAAUAGGUAUCACUUUUAUAAGAUCGCGUGUUUUUCGUGUGCUUCAUUGCGGAAAGCGUCGCCUCAGUGGGCAGACCUUGGGGCCGCUCCGAGCUCGUUUAUCAUCUAUUAUUCAUUUCUUUUGAUGAAUAUUUAAUGGAUUAUUUGGAUAUUAAGUCGGUACUAAACUCUAAUCGAUAUUUUUUGCCGGUAACUAAGUGGUAUUAAUUUAUCUUGAUUCUUGUGCUGUUUACAAUGAGUACGUAUAUUAGAAGCUACGCACAUGUGUACCUACCUAUCUAGGUAGCCUGGUACCUACCUAUUGACCGACCUUGUCAUAAAUGAUAACUCCAGACUACAAUAUCACAACAUCUCUGAUAAGCGUAGUGUGUAUGAUAAUGAUAUGUUUCAUAAUCACAUAAUUAUCAUUUGUAGUUCCUAUCUAGUAUUUAUAUACGUAGUAACAGAAUAUUAUUAGCAAAAAAUGUACUGCGACCGAAAAAUUCAGUAAGUACUUUCAGAAAGUCAUGAAAUAUAAUAAUUUGAUUCCCUUUUCUAAGUUUGUUGUUUAUAGGGAUUUCAAUUGCGUAAUGUAUUUAAUUAAGCCCUAUCGUUUCAGACUUCCCAAUAAUGAACAAUACCCAUUUUAGAGUACAUUAUUACGUAGAGUGUAGUAGAGACCGCGUCAUGUGGCCGCGACCUCGGCCGAGGCUACAGAAUCAUCAGAGGCCGGUUCGCUAGCACGUAGGUACCUCUUGUAGGACACCUAAUAAAUAAUCUAAACUGGUCCUAAUGGAAUAAUAACAUUAAUAGAUCAAAUAUUUGUUGGUAGUUUAUUUUUAUAAAUGAACGCAGUCAGUCCGUUACUGGACAUGCCGGGCUCCCUGCGAGGCUGACCGACGGUUUUACUCUAGUUUUACUGUCAUAUCUGAACUUUCAUAAAACUAUUAUCCCGAUAACUUAUUACGGUCAUUAGAAUACUCUCUGAGCAGCAGUUUUCUCGCGGGUCGCCAUACUCUCUUUAGGUUAAAUUUAAGUAUUUUUUGGUUUUGUUUAAUCUAAACUGCUAACCAGUGAUUACCGUCGCCGUUCUGAUUCUCUUUACUCGGCAAUGCCUUGAACAAUGUCUGUAAAUGUUGCAUGUAUUGAGAAUAAAGUGAUAUUAUUAAUUGUAUUAUCUAAAUCUUAGUUUGUAUUAUUGGUAAUGUAUAUUUGCUUACUUUUAAACAGAAUCAGAGCUGAUUUCGGUCUCGACGUUUAAUAAAAUUAAACUAAUGUAUUUAGAAUUAUUUUUGCGUAUAAAAGACACUAAUAUUAGUUUAGGUAGUUCCGUUGUUGCACGUGUCAGCGCAUUGUCCUUGUGUAAGGUAUUAUUUUGUGCUCAUAUCAUAAUAUGUAGGUACUUUUAAUGUUUAAGGUAUUAUGAUUAUAUUAAAAGCGCUAUCGCUGGGGCUUCAAAAACAUUCCUAGUGAGCUUGCACCAAUAUUGGCAGAUGUUAGAUCACUUCUGCAGUAGCGAGGUGACGGUAUUGUGGCAAGCUGGCAAGUGGUAGCGCUUCUUCGCCUCAUCCUGUAGAGUUCAUUGUUGUAUUGACACUAAUAUUUCUAAAACAAAAUAUUAAUAAAACUAAAAACACCAAGAGUUAUGUGUAUAAAAUUAACUGUAACAAAAAUGUGAGAUAAAUAACUGUUUCUGAAUUUGUACAAAAUAUAGUUUAGUUUUGAGAUUGGUUGAGGGUUUACUCUUUGUGAUAAUGAAGUACGUUUAUAACUAUUAAUAACUGUGUCUGGUCUCGCUCGGCGCCGCACAGCACCUAGCACACCCCUAGCCCUAGAGACCCAGCAUGCUCUAGCAUGUGAGCUAGGGCGGUGAUGCGCUGCCAUAGAGCGUCCUAUAGAUAAUGAAGUGACGUGACGCCGGCGCACAGUCAGUCGGGGACAGUCCGCUGUACCCCUGACGCUGUCAGGACACUCCACACGCCGCGGAGGUUGUGUCAGCGGCUGACUGUGCGCCCGCGAGCUGCCACACUAUGAAGCGGCCGCGCAGUAUUCGCCAUUGUUUAUGUUUCAAUAAAUAUAUUGCAAAUUUUAA